AUGCCCAUCGCCAUUCCCAAGACGCCCAAGAAUGGCAUUACGAAAUUCACAAACUGCCGCCUCGUGAAAGGCGACGCCCUGGUGCAGGAGGACAUCUGGGUCAGCUCCGUCACGGGCAAAAUCAUCCACAGCCAGGCGGCCUUCUUCGAUGACCUCCUUCUGCCAGAUGAGACCGUCAACCUCGGCGGUCGCAUCGUGUCUCCCGGCAUGAUCGACUGCCAGCUCAACGGUGCCUUUGGCUUCAACUUUUCCACGCUCCUCGAAGACAUGUCUCAGUACGGCAAAAAGGUCAGGGAGCUCAACAGGAAACUGGUGGCCACUGGCGUCACUUCCUACGCUCUCCCGUACUUGGGGCCCUCUGGCGGCUCACAAGUGGCCAAUGACGGUGCCGAGUCUCUCGGAGCCCACGUCGAAGGCCCGUUCCUGAACCCUACCAAGAACGGCAUCCACAACGUCGAUGUCCUGCAGCAGGCAGAGACAUUCGAUGAUCUAGUCGAAUGCUACGGCGCCGAGAACAUCGAGCCUAGCGCCAACGGUGGCUCCAUUCCAAUCAAGAUGAUCACCGCCGCGCCAGAACGUGGGCGGAUGACACAAAUCAUUCCUGAGCUGCGGGAACGAGGUAUCAUCUACUCCAUCGGCCACUCGGAAGCGACGUACGAAGAGGCUUCGGCCGCGGUGGCAGCCGGAGCCACGAUGAUUACUCAUCUUUUCAACGCCAUGCGACCUCUUCACCACCGCAACCCCGGUGUCUUUGGUGUCCUGGGUAUUGCAGAGAGUCUGGCGAGGCCAUACUUUGGCAUCAUCUCCGACGGUAUCCAUCUGCACCCGACCACCAUUAAGAUUGCAUUCAACGCUCAUCCGGAUGGCUUCAUUCUGGUUACUGACGCCAUGCACAUGAUGGGUCUGGCGGACGGCUCGUAUAAGUGGACGAAUGGACAAGACGUCAACAACAUUGUCAAGGUCGGAUCCACGCUGUUGCUGGAGGGCACCGACAAAAUUGCUGGAAGUGCCGUCACUCUGAUGGAGUGUGUCAACAACUUCCUGCGCUGGUCCGGCACCGGCGUUCCGAAGGCUUUGAAGGCUGUGACCGCGACCCCCGCAGAGAUGCUCGGCCUCAAAGGCAUCAAGGGCUCUUUGGAAGACGGAGCUGAUGCGGAUCUGGUCAUCUUUUCUGAAGAAGUAAGAGAUGGCGCCACUCAGCUCGUAGUGGACGAGGUUUGGAAGGCGGGAACGAUGGUAUCGAGCCGGGAGGAGACCCAGUCGCCUAUUGCAUAG